AUGCACUAUUUUUUUCUGGGACCAUUAGCCAAGGAUGGAAUCGAACCUUUACGAGCAGAGAUUUUUCUCAAAAUUCAUAAAAGGCGUAAGGAUGGUAGACCAUUGGAUGAGGAGUCUGCAAAAGCAGUGGAACUAAUUGAAGAGAAUUGGAAUAAUGGCGAGCUAUCUAAUGAAGAAUCUAAUAAUGGUGUUGCUUGGGAAGGAGAUGUUUAUUCUCAAGUAUUGGGAAGUGAUAGAAGUGGUUACGUACGUGGUUUAGGACUUGGUCCAACACCUUUAUUGUGGGGUAAUAAAUCAUCUUAUGGUAAAUUUGCUUCAGAUGCUUUUGCUAAUGAGGUUGCUCAAAAAUUACAACAAGAAAUAAAGGUGCUAAAGGAGAAACAUGAAGAAGAAAUGAAGUUGAUGAAAGAAAAUCAAAAUAAAAUGUUGGCUGAAUUGUCUUUUAUGAGACAAGUUUUGUGUAAGCUUGUUUCAUCAGGUUCAUCUAUGACUCAAGAUUUCAAUGAAAAUUCUUUUAUGCAGGUUCCUGAUGCUAAUAGUGGUCAUGAGUUAGCACCAUCCAACACUUGAAAUCAG